UAUAUGCAAUAAAUAAAUAAAUAAUAAAAAAACGUACGUAGUAAACAGUAAUACCAAAACGGAAUUCAAUUCUUCUUCUCCGUUAUCUCAUCUCUUCCAUUUCACAGUAACUAGUUUAUCAAGAGUUAAAUCUGCACUGCAGUGUUGCAAACUGAGUAUUCUGUUGGAGAAUGUAUGCAUCCACUUUUUUGACUUGCUUCUAGGCCUGUUUUUUCAUAGAGAAUUAUACUUCCCUUUAGAUUUGAAGCAAAAGCAUGUUUCAUGCGCGCGGUUGUAUUUUGGUUGAAAGACGUGCUGGCUUUUGGUUUCAUAGUUUUAGAUGCAGAAGAUAGCAUUGUGAGCUGAGUUAAAUAAAUAUCAUUGAAAAAGAAGGUAGAAGCUCAAAUUGUGUUUUAAUCUGAAUUCACACUAAUCAGAUGGGCAAGGAAAAUGAGUCACCUGUUAAGAAAGAAGAAGUUAGCGAUGAUGGCUCCUCGAAUGUUGAGAUGAGAGAUUUAGAAUCUCAAUCUCGACUUAGUUUGGAGAGGGAGAUGGGCUUGGCGAGUUGCCGCGUGUGCCAAUGCGCCGAGUCUGAUAAACGAGGAGAUGCUGCCCUAGAAUUUUUGGGCAUCACCCCAGUUAUAGAAAGCAAAGGGGAAGUAAAGUUGGAUGGCAAGGAAAUUCCAAAAGACACUACACCUAAAAAAAACUUUGAAUGCAAACCCGGGAUGAUGGAAUUUGUAGGACCUAACGGGGAGGUUUUUGUAUGUAAGAAUGAUUUGGAAAUUGGUUUGUCUCAUGAAGAUAGGUUAAUUGAACUUGGUUGUUGUUGUAAAAACGACCUUGCUUUAGUACACUAUGCUUGUGCGCUCAAGUGGUUUAUCAAUCAUGGAUCUACAAUUUGUGAAAUAUGUGGACAUAUAGCAAAUAAUAUCAGAAUAGCUGACUUCAACAAGGUUAUUGGUUCCUUAAAAGAAUAUGAAGCACUGAGGGAAAGAACUGUCAAUGGAGAUCUAGGUCCCGCACAAGAUCAUCCAAAUACUGGUGUGGAUCCUGAUGCUGUGGCUGCUAUCCGAAGGCAACGGUUAAGUGAAAUUGCACUAUGGUUUUGUCCUCAUAAUAGCAAUAACUUUAACAACAAUAGCAAUGUGGACUCAGUUUCACAACUUGUUUCUGAACAGCCGUUGAAUUUUAUUGUCGAAGAACCUGAACCCGUACAGAAUACCCGAACUAAGUGGGCUGUAGAAUGUACAGGGAUCUUGCUUGCUACAGGGUUGCUUACCAUCACCCUUGCAUGGCUUAUAGCUCCUCGUGUUGGAAAGAAAACUGCAGGAAGCGGUCUUCAUAUCCUUCUCGGUGGUGUUUGUGCUUUAACAGUGGUGAUUUUUUUCCGCUUUUUUGUGCUUACAAGAAUCAGGUAUGGACCUGCACGUUAUUGGGCAAUAUUAUUUGUUUUCUGGUUUCUUGUCUUUGGAAUAUGGGCUUCACGGACGCACAGUGCUCAUACAACGUGAUCCCUUGGUACAGACUACAAAGCUUUACCAUGUCUGUUUAGUCCUGUCUACCUAUCUUCCCUCGGCCCUUCUGGCCCCUCCUAUCUUUUUUUAACUCUUGUUUUAUUUCCUUGCCAUCUUAAAUUUUGUGAUUAUAGGCAUUCACUAUGAAACUACUUAAGAGUAUAUUUGGUAGAUUAUAAUAUUUGUGCGAUGUAAAAUAACAAGCGUGCGUUCCUUAGCUAGAUUUCAGACCCGAAUUAGUUGUGAACCAUUGGUCAAAUGAGUAGAAUGUAUCACUUGCCAAGGGAACAACCAUCAUGAUACUGUGGCUGGGGUCAGUGGGUUACGGACCAACUACAAUGAUAAAUUUGAUGGCAUUCAAUGAUAUAUGAUAUCCAAUGGAAGGAAACUAAAGUGUAAUUUGAUAAGAGUUAUUUUGAAUAUUGAUAUACGAAUGUACAAAAUUUAUAUCAAUUACAUGGUGAAAAUGAGUGCAAAUCAUGAAUAUUCUCAUCA